AUGUUAAGUCAUGUUGAGACCUAUCAAGUUGGACAGAGAGGUAAUAGACAAGAAGUGGCUGAUACUUCAAGGAUCCGUGAGCUUUUAAGAAUGAACCCACCAAGCUUCACAGGUUCAAGUGUCACUGAGGAUUUGGAGAACUUCAUUGAAGAGUUAAAAAGGUUAUUUGAUGGGAUGCAUAUUGCUGAUGCGGAGAGGGUGCAACAAGUUGCAUACCAAAUUAAGGGUGUCGCUAGAAUCUGGUUCGACCAAUGGAAAAAUAAUAGGGCUGAGGAUGCGGCAAUAUCAAGCAAGAAAGGCAAGGUAGCUAUGCUGAUAGGGGAUAUGGACCUAGCAAGGCUUAUAAUCUAUGUACAACAAGUUGAGGAGGAUAAGAUGAAUGAUAGAGAAGAGUUUAAGAAUAAGAGGGCUAAUACAUCAGGGGAUGAGUUCAGUGCUGAGUUCAGAGCUAAGCCUGCCCAUUCUCAGGGUAGUAUGGCGCAAAGGGGUAGUAAGCCUCCUGCUUGCGCUAAGUGUGGUAGGAACCACCCAGGUAUUUGUCGUGAGGGCUCUACUGGUUAUUUCAAGUGUGGUCAAAAUAGUCACUUUAUGAGGGACUGUCCUGAGAACAUGUAA